UGCUGUCCCUGCGCACUGGAGACUCUCCCCACACCAUUCCCCAGUGUUUUUGGUGCUCAGUGCUCACACCUGAAGUGACAGAGCCGAGCUCGGAGCGCACAGCGCUGGGUUUGGAGAACCAGACAGAGGAAAACGAUAAAUACGCAGGGAGGAAGGAUGCGCGCAUGUGGCGAGGGUUGGAUGGGUUCGUUGUGAAUGAAUUUCUUCCUCUGGGAGCUGCAUUUAUUUAAAAGAGAAUCACAGGCGUCAGGCGUUUCUGCGCGCUGCCCUUCCUUCCUGCCGUCCGAGGCUCUUCGAAGCACCAUGCGAGCCGGAGAGACGCGCCGUGUGCCAUGUUGAACAGCUCCCCGUCCCUCCUGCUGGCUCUGACCGCGGUGGCCGCGCUUCUCUCGCCAUGCCGAGGCUGGAGCGACGAGGACCUCCUCCUGCCGCCCAUCAACUCCUCCAACAGGUUCCUGGCCAACCUGGAGGUGGACGUGCGCUUCUCCAAGAGGUCCGUGGAGGAGAGCGACGCCUCGCCCGAAGCAUCCCCGCUGCAGAGCCUCGCUCCCGCGCAGUCCCAGUGCAACGUGACGGUCCACAGGCUGCUGCCCACCUCGCUGGUGGCCCGCUGGGACAGCGGCUUCGGCUUCCAGUGUGACGUGCUCGUCUACACCACCAACAACCACGGCAGGGCGUUCUUCUCCGCCUCCUUCAACCGCGCCAUCUCGCCCGUGGUGAUCGAGCACCUCGGGGUCACCGGGGGUCAGCAGGAGAUGAGGCUGUGCGUGGGCUGCGGGAUGUCCCGCUACCGCCGGUUCGGCCAGGGCAGGUUGAGGGGGCAGCAGAGCGGGGACCAGGUGGCUUUCUGCUGCGUGGACUUCAGCCUGGACGAGCUGAAGGGGGACAAAAGUUGGCGGCUGAACAGGAAGCCCAUCGAGUCGACACUGGUGGCUUGUUUCAUGACUCUGGUCAUCAUCGUGUGGAGUGUUGCUGCGCUCAUAUGGCCGGUGCCGAUCAUUGCAGGAUUUCUGCCGAACGGGAUGGAGCAGAGGAGACCCAGAUAACUGAAAAACCCACGACACUAAAGGGCUAUUCCGCUGCAUUUGACGACCACCCCCCCUCUCCUCCACACUGCCGUGAUAAAACAGAAUAAUAAGAAUGAUCAAACUUCACCAAGAUUAUUUUUAGACUUAUUUCUAUCAAAUACAAGUUGGGAUUUGUGAAACCUUUGUGAAACGUCACGAAUGAGCAAUUUUAAGGCUUAUUUGACACGCCUCAGAAAAUCACUUCACAAAGCCUGCAUUUAAUACAGAAAAACAUUAAAUACAUAUUAUGUAAAUUCGGUUAAAAAAAUAAAGAAAAGAAACUAUUUUGAGGUUUGUUUUGAGCUAAUUUUCAAACUGGAUCAGGUUUGAUCAAUUAUGCCAGCUUGAACCAGGACAUCCCUAUUGUAAGACACAUUUUAUCAAAUAUACUCCAAAAAGUCAGCUGAAGGCUUUUUUUUCCCAUAAGACCAACUUAUUUAGUUGAAAAGUUGAAAAGUAUACCACUCACAUCUGAACAAAAUGUGUUUUUUUAAAAAAACCUUGAUUUUGGCCCAUGCACCUUAAAUGAGGGUCAUUGUGAAACGAAACAACUAAAACCUAGAAUUACUGUACACUGACGACAGACGAGUCCGGACGAGUCCGGGCUCGGCCACGUCUGUGUGAUCCAGUUUUCAAGUUGGAGCUCCUGUAAAUUAUUUUUGGAUCAUAAAAAAAUAAGGUUUUAUGUUCCAAAGAUCACAACACAUUAUGCUUUCCAGAUUCUGUCUUUAGAGCAGCAUAGCCGUGUUCAUGUUCAACUGUUUGGGUAUGUAAUCAUAAGGCUGGAUCUAUAAUGUAAGACGCUACAAACUUAUUCUUCUGAAAAGUUUCACUAAUAGCAAAGGAUCUGUCCUUUAGUGCAGGAGAAUGCUGUAAAUGUCUGACCACUCUAAUGUAAUUUUCUAGCUGUACCCCAUAUAAGGUGUCCUAGGGUGAAAAAAAGGUACAUUUGAGGUUCUUCACAAACUGUAUUUGAUAGAUGCAAAACAAUCCAGUUCACAUGCGACCAGUAUUAAGUUUUUAAAUUUCCAACAAGAACAGAUCAAAGGCAGUCCUGACUUGUUAAAUGCAGUAAAAUAGCCCAGCCGUCGGACGGUGUGUUGAAAAGACAAACUUUAAUAAGUGAAUAUAGCCUGUGCUGCCUAUACUAUAACUGUAGCCAUUCAGUAAAUGAAUGUGGAGACCCUCAGAAGUUUGGGUUGAUCUUUUCCCUUUAGACCUUUUCCUCUGUAGGACAAACCAAGGUAAAGUCUAAUUAUAAUAGCCAAUGGUAAACUAUACUGGGACCAACACCGAUGUGUUUUGUACGCCCUUAUAAGCCUUCCUAGAUAAUGUCAGCGUAAACUGUGCCACCUUCUAUCUUUAAACGGUGUUUGUAUAGUUUUUAAUCUUUUUAGACUGUUUUUGCCUUAUAAUACCAAGUUUAGGACUUUUGCACAGAAAACUGAACAUUAAAGUGUGCUGUCACUGUGGACUACUUAACCUAUUAUCAAGCUCAGUAACAUUUAUUUGUUAU